AUGUUCUCCUUCACUAUCUUCUUCUUUUUACUCGAUCAGGGUUAAAUGCAGAGGAGCAACGGAGGAGGAGCCAACGCUGCAGGAGCUUGUGCAUCAUGCAGGCACCAAAGGAAGAAAUGCACCGAAAAAUGCACCUUAGCGCCGUUCUUUCCAGUGGACAAAAACCGCGAAUUUCAGGCAGUACACAAGGUUUUCGGUGUCAGUAACGUUACAAAAAUUCUGAAACGUUUAAAUUUGGAUGAUCGCAAGAGAGCCGCGGACUCACUGGUCUGGGAAGCGUUCAGCAGACAAAAGGAUCCCAUACUAGGCCCUUUCGGAGAGUACAGACGAGUUAUAGAAGAGCUUAACUGGUAUAAAAAUGAAUAUCAGGCUUAUAAAUCAUCGUUGACAGCACCAGGAGGGUUGAUUAAUGGACUUAAUGAGACUGUGAUGAGCAAUGCUGGAGGAAUGAUUAACUAUGAUGCUAAUAAGUACAACAUUAUGAAUAGUAAAGGGACUGUGGUUUCUGGAUUAUAUCCCAGCUUCAAUUAUUAUUCGUGUGUACCCAACAAUAAAUUAAGCGAAGAGAGUGAUAAUAGUUGUGUAAUUAUGCCUCAUCAGCCGGUGAUUAAUGGUAGUAGUAUUAAUCAACAUUCCUACCAGUUACCAGGUCAAUAUGGUGCAAUUGAUGCCAAGGAGCUGGAGUGGAAUGGCAACUCAUGACUGAUUCAUUGCUGCUUCGCUUUCGGAUUCUCUUAUUGUAGUGGAUACGAGAAAACUGCAUUUUAUUUAUUGAUUUGAUUUUUGCAUACAAUGAAAAUUAAGAAUUGUAUUUAUUGAAUCUAUAUAAUCGUCCACAUUCAAAUAUCAUAUUUGAAGUUAUAGUUUAUGUUGCUAAUACACACACGUUCUCCAUUCAAAUAAAU